ACCUUUGGACCCACAAACAGAAGGGGAACAGUUCUCUGUCUGUAGCAGCAAAUAUGUCUGGCUAUGUGCUUACCUGAGGUGCUACAUAACACCUGUUCAAGCCUCCUUGGACACUGAGAUGAUUUCUCAAGGAGUGAAGGACGCGGAGUGAUGCAAUGGCGCUCGGACACGGCUCUAAGAAGUCAAUUUCAUGUGACCAGGGAGUCACUCCAGCUUCACUCAACAGCGAGGUAGGGGCUUUUGGACAAGCUGGGGCUCUCCAAACCAGGAGGACUCGGUCAUGCAAGUGUCUCGUGGCCUUCUUCAUCAUUAUCAUCAUCAUUCUCAUAGCCACAGGAGCCACACUGGCCUGGUACUUCCUUGAAUACAGGGUUUGGGUGUUGGAACAGCGCGUCCAGCAGCAGUACGUGGCCUACCUGUCCAUCCUCAACCGUAACUUCUCUGCUGAUCUCUCCUCUCACAACAACCCUGCAUUCAAGAAAGAGGCCAAGGGAGUACAGAACAUGGUUGAGAAGAUAAUGAAGGGCUCGAGUCUUUCUCGAUACUUCAAUUACACCACUGUCUUUGCCUUCGGGGAGGGUAGUGUCGUGGCUCACUUCUGGAUAGUGAUGUCUGUGCCGAGCAGCCAUGUUGAGAGGGUCACACUGGAGACAGUCAGUGGGAGUCUGGAGAAAGGCCUGAGUUGGUACACACGGUCAAAGGAGGAGCAGACAGCCAGCUUCAAUGGAUACCUCCUGCACCUCCCCUCGCUGUCUGUUGUGGAAACCGACUCCAAAGUAAUAGAACUUUUGAAAGCCUCAUUUGACUGUUACCGCUAUCAGAAGGUGGUGUCCAACAGCCCCGUGGCCCUCCGUGGCCCCGACACGCGGCGCUCCUCCUGCCUGUGGCACCUCCAGGCCGACCCCGGGUCCCAGCUGGAGCUCCACAUGGAGUGGCUGCUGCUGGAGUGUCGAGACAGACUGCUGGUGUACAACUCCCUGAUCCCCACCGAUACUCACCUCAUCACAUCCGUGUAUGGCUGCAGCAGACAUGAGCAGAUGGUGCGUGUCCUCUCUUCGGGCGAGUGGAUGACGGUGGUUUGGAAACAGGGUCUGUACAACUACAAGGAUCCCUUCUCUCUGUCUGCACAAGCCUGGAACCACCAGGACUGCAACUCCACUAUUGAACUCAGGGACGUAUCAGGGGUCCAGGGGACACUGAGGACACCUUUCUUCCCCAGCUACUACCCCCCUGACACCAACUGUACCUGGACCUUCACUAUGCCCGGUGAGGAGUUUGGCUUGUCUCUGGAAUUCGAAGGCUACGAGCUGAGCAGAGCCAGCUACAACCAGGCCUGUACCCAGGGACAGUGGAUCAUCCAGAACCGCAGACUGUGCGGUACCAGGAGCCUGCAGCCAUACAAUGAACGUCUCUUUCUGAUCAGCACGACGGCCACUGUUGUCAUGACAUCAGAGGUGUCACUCACGGGGCCAGGCCUUCAGCUGUACUACAGCGUCUUCAACCUGUCAGAUCCUUGCCCAGGCCAGUUUCUGUGCACUACGAAUGGACUGUGUGUUCCUGCCUGUGAUGGAAUCAAGGACUGUCCUAAUGGACUAGACGAGAGGAACUGUGUGUGUGUGGCACAGUUCCAGUGUCCAGAGGACAGCCAGUGUGUGGACUACUACAAGGUGUGUGACCAACACCCAGACUGCCCCGAAGCAACAGACGAGAUGAACUGCACUGAAGCCGUGCAGUGCACAGAUAUGACAUAUGUGUGUGCGGAUGGAACCUGUCUGAAGAAGCCGAACCCAGAGUGCGACUUUGUCACCGACUGUCCCGACGCCUCUGAUGAGAAACAGUGUGACUGUGGUCUCAGGCAGUUCUCCAGCCGUAUUGUGGGUGGGACCAACGCCACCGAGGGGGAGUGGCCAUGGCAGGCCAGCCUGCAGGUGCGAGGUACCCACAUCUGCGGAGGAGCGCUCAUCUCCAGUCAGUGGGUGGUGUCCGCUGCCCACUGUUUCUAUGACGACCGUCUCUACUCCCCCUCGGUGUGGACGGUCUAUUUGGGUAAACUCCUGCUAAACCGCAGCAGCCCUACUGAAGAAGUAGCCCGAGUCCAGCGGAUCCACCUUCACCAAUACUACGACGACGAUACCCAUGACUACGACCUGGCCCUGCUGAAGCUGGACCGUCCCGCCUCCGUGCUGCUGGCUGGACACGCUCGACCCGCCUGCCUGCCUCCGCCCACCCACCAGCUGGAGCCGGACCUGCUCUGCUGGGUGACCGGCUGGGGGGCUCUCCGCGAAGGAGGCAGUGCCAGUAAUGUGCUCCAGAAAGUGGACGUUCGCCUGGUCAGCGAGGAAGCCUGCGUUCGCUCCUACGGCCACCAGGUCACUCCCAGAAUGCUUUGUGCUGGUUACCGCGGUGGAGAAAAAGAUGCGUGUCAGGGAGACUCUGGCGGUCCUUUGGUUUGCCAGGAGCCGUCAGGUCGCUGGUUCUUAGCCGGGGUGGUGAGCUGGGGCAAAGGCUGUGGGCGUCCAGACUUCUAUGGCGUCUACACUCGCAUCACCAGGCUCACUGACUGGAUCAAGCAGGUCAUCAGCAGCCCGUGAGACACUGGGAACCUUCAUCAUCCUAAUGUCAGACCAUGUGAGAAUAAAAAGCACUGGCAGAUGAUUGGAGAUUGCUUUACAGCCAGGCAGAUUGUUGGUAAAUGAAUAAAUAAAACCUUUAAAUCAAGGUUUAUUUCAAAGUCAAGAAGUAAUGAAGCUGGUAAUAAUCAACCUUGAUAUUAUAAAGUGUUUAUCUUUAGCCAAAGAAACACGCUAAAAAUGAAGUGUUAGUAAGAACAUGAUAUUUGAGACGUGUUUCAUUAUGCACAAUGAAAUAAAUUUGACUUAUCUAUCUAUCUAUCUAUCUAUCUAUCUAUCUAUCUAUCUAUCUAUCUAUCUAUCUAUCUGUCUCCCUCUUCUUUUCUUUGUCUCAUUAACUCCACCUCUCUCUCUCCCACACUCAUCUUUUUCACUCUGAAAAUGAGCUCUAAUCCUUUGGGGAUUUUUCAAUAUUUGGAAGUUCCCAUUUUGAGUGUAAUUGGUAUUUUAUUAGGUUAUAAACCAUAAUGACAGUUCUGCUCAGUGGGGCAUAACAGCAGUGCUAAAACCAACCUCUGGGGGCCCCAGAAACCAUCCAUCAUGGCAGUUGACUGUAGAGCAAAGUUCAAUGCUUAUAGAUGACCUCCUACAUUUUCUAUGGAGCAUAUUUUACAGUGUGUAAAGUUCUUCAUCAAAAUGUCGUUUUGACAUUUAGAUUCUAGAACUAAAGAUGUGUUUCAACA